GUGCCGUGCCUGCUUCUCUUGCUCUAAACCCACCGCUGCCAGUGGCCAGUAGCCCCUACCUGCUCCUGCUGCUCGAGAAGAAAGAAAGUAGAGUGUCUGUCUUCCGUUUGCCUUCUGUCCACUCCCAAGUACUUUCAUUACUUGAAACUGAUGCAUCAAACACUUGGCUUGUUCCGGAAACUAAAGGAGCUAUUGUUCAAGGGGGAUAUGGCCAUACCAGUGUGUAUGAUGAAAUAACAAAGUCCAUUUAUGUUCAUGGAGGCUAUAAAGCAUUACCAGGCAACAAAUAUGGAUUGGUAGAUGACCUUUACAAGUAUGAAGUUAACCCAAAGACUUGGACUAUUUUGAAAGAAAGUGGGUUUGCCAGAUACCUUCAUUCAGCUGUUCUUAUCAAUGGAGCUAUGCUUAUUUUUGGAGGAAAUACCCAUAAUGACACUUCCCUGAGUAACGGUGCAAAAUGUUUUUCUGCCGAUUUCCUGGCAUAUGACAUAGCUUGUGACGAAUGGAAAAUACUACCGAAACCAAAUCUUCAUAGAGAUGUCAACAGAUUUGGUCACUCUGCAGUUGUCAUUAAUGGGUCCAUGUAUAUAUUUGGAGGAUUUUCUAGUGUACUCCUAAAUGAUAUACUUGUAUACAAGCCUCCAAACUGCAAGGCUUUCAGAGAUGAAGAACUUUGUAAAAAUGCUGGUCCAGGAAUAAAAUGUAUUUGGAAUAAAAAUCACUGUGAAUCUUGGGACUCUGGGAAUACUAAUAAUAUUCUUAGAGCAAAGUGCCCUCCGAAAACAGCUGCUUCUGAUGACAGAUGUUUUAGAUAUGCAGAUUGUGCCAGCUGUACCGCCAAUACGAAUGGGUGCCAGUGGUGUGAUGACAAGAAAUGCAUUUCAUCAACCAGUAACUGCAGCAUGUCUGUGAAAAACUAUACCAAAUGCCAUGUGAGGAAUGAGCAGAUCUGUAACAAACUUACUAGCUGUAAAAGCUGUUCACUGAACUUGAAUUGCCAGUGGGAUCAGCGGCAGCAGGAGUGCCAGGCUCUACCAGCUCAUCUUUGUGGAGAAGGAUGGAUUCAUGUUGGGGAUGCUUGUCUUAGAAUUAAUUCCAGUAGAGAAAACUAUGACAAUGCAAAACUUUACUGCUAUAAUCUUAGUGGAAAUCUUGCUUCAUUAACAACUUCAAAAGAAGUAGAAUUUGUACUGGAUGAAAUACAGAAGUAUACACAACAGAAAGUAUCACCUUGGGUAGGCUUACGCAAGAUCAACAUAUCCUACUGGGGAUGGGAAGACAUGUCUCCAUUUACAAAUACAACACUACAGUGGCUUCCUGGUGAACCUAAUGAUUCUGGGUUCUGUGCGUAUCUGGAAAGGGCUGCAGUGGCAGGCUUAAAAGCUAAUCCUUGCACGUCUAUGGCAGAUGGCCUUGUCUGCGAGAAACCUGUUGUUAGUCCAAAUCAAAACGCGAGGCCGUGCAAAAAGCCCUGCUCUUUAAGGACGUCGUGUUCCAACUGCACGAGCAACGGCAUGGAGUGUAUGUGGUGCAGUAGUACAAGGCGGUGUGUGGACUCCAACGCCUACAUAAUCUCCUUUCCAUACGGGCAGUGUCUGGAGUGGCAGACUGCCACCUGCUCUCCCCAAAAUUGUUCUGGAUUGAGGACCUGUGGACAAUGUUUGGAACAACCUGGGUGUGGCUGGUGCAAUGAUCCUAGUAAUACUGGAAGAGGACACUGCAUUGAAGGGUCUUCCCGGGGACCAAUGAAGCUUGUUGGAAUGCUUAAUAAUGAGAUGCUUCUUGAUACCAGUCUUUGUCCUAAAGAGAAGAACUAUGAGUGGUCCUUUAUCCAGUGCCCAGCUUGCCAGUGUAAUGGACAUAGCACUUGCAUCAAUAAUAAUGUGUGCGAACAGUGUAAAAAUCUUACCACAGGAAAGCAGUGUCAAGACUGUAUGCCAGGUUAUUAUGGAGAUCCAACCAAUGGAGGGCAGUGUACAG